UCAAAAUUUCCGUUAAUGAAACAAGAUUACAACAAAACUAAUUCUUAUCACAAUUUAUACCAACAGUAAUUCUGAUUUGAAAAGAAUUUAAUAAUAUUUUGUUAGCGAGACGAUUCUAACCCUAGAAAGUGAACGAAAAGUACAGUUCAAGAAAAACUGCACGCGUUGAAGGUGGUAAAUCGCGAAUUGCGGCACAUUUUAGCUAUUCAUUAGAAAUUUUACAGCAUUCGCGAAAUAAAAGUUGAUCUGUCCAUCUGACAACACAACUGACAACACUUGACUGUUUGCCAAUUAAUAAUUGCAACAAAAAAACAGCACGCGAAAUAUUUAGAUUCAGAUAAAUAAGAUUUCCAAUGGCAUACCAAGCACAACCGCAUGGAAAUGCACCAAAACAGCCUGAGAAAGACAAUGAUGAUGGAUGGUGUGAGGACAACAACUGGGAUGAUGCCAUCCAGUUUGAGGAACAGAUGAAAGCUCAAUUUGCAGCUGUGGCCCAAAAUGGCAGCAGUGCCAAUGCAGACAACACCACAGAUGAAGCUGAUGAUGACGGUUGGAACCUGGCUAGUAGUGUCAAAAAGAUGUCCAUCAACAAAUCAGACACUUCUGGCUGGACCAAGAGAAGAGAUUACAACUGGAGAGAAAAAGGUGGAGGUGCCAAUAGUGGCGCUAGAGGCUUUGGCGGAGGUAGAGGUGGAGCACGCCCAAGAUAUAACAACCACAAUGCAAACACAAAAAAACCGCAAACACCCGCUGAGCCGCUGCUUAUCCUCGAAGGAGAAGCGGCUCGCAAGUGGAUAGAGGAUCAGCGCAUCAAAGCAGCCGAGGAAUGGUCUAAAGUCGACUACAAAGCAAUGUUAGCCGAAAGCGACAGAGUCGCAGCUGAAAAAUGGGCGAAAUACCCACCAAUCACCAAAGAUUUAUACAAAGAACACCCUGCUGUGGCGAAUAUGACUCCGCAUGAAGUCGAAAAGUUUCGUGAAGAAAACAACGGGAUCACUGUUCAGAUACCGCCAGGUGCCCCUGAGCCUGCUGAAGAAGUAGUCUUCCUGAACCCAAUCCCCGCUUUUGAAUACGCCUUCAUCAAUUGGCCUGACAUUCGCCAGCUGCUAUUGAAUACAGGCUUUCAAAAACCAUCGCCGAUACAGGCGCAAGCAUGGCCGUUGAUUCUCAAAGGACACGACAUCAUUGGCGUUGCACAAACCGGCUCGGGGAAGACUCUUGCCUUCCUACUUCCUGCUUAUGCGCAUCUCAUGAGCCAACCACGACAGAGAAGAGUCCCUGGGGCGAGUAUCCUCAUCAUGGCACCGACUAGAGAAUUAGCUCUGCAGAUUAAUGAAGAAGUGUUGAAAUUCAAGUGUUGCAACAUCAAUUCAGUUGUGGUCUAUGGUGGCGCUGAUCGCAACGAUCAAAUCCGACAAAUCAAACAAGGUUGUAACAUUAUCAUUGCCACACCAGGAAGACUGGAUGAUCUCGUCACAGCCGGCCAUAUUGAUAUUACCUCUGUAACUUACGUUGUUCUCGACGAAGCUGAUCGCAUGCUGGACGCUGGUUUUGAAGCAGUCAUCCGCCGCACCAUGUAUAAAAUCCGUCCGGAUCGUCAGACCAUAAUGACGAGCGCAACAUGGCCGGAUGGCGUACGCAGACUCGCCAACAGUUACAUGAAGAACCCUCUGCAGGUAAUCGUCGGCACAUUGGACCUGACAGCCGUCGCAACCAUCGCGCAGUCGUUUGUCUUCCUGAAUGAUGACGACGCGGAAGAAAAACUAGUGCUGCUCUUGGACUUUGCUAGAUGUCACAAGAACCAGCCCAAUUUAAAGGUGGUGGUGUUCUGCUCAACUAAAGCACGUGCCACUUACAUUUCCACCGAACUGGCAAUGAACGAUGUGUUCGCAUAUUGCUUACGCGGGGAUAUGGACCAAUCCGAUCGCGAGCUCGCGCUUGAAGUGAUCAAGAACGGCGAGACGCAGUACCUGAUCGCGACGGAUGUCGCCUCGCGCGGGAUUGAUAUCCCCGAUUUGACGCAUGUGAUCAAUCUGGAUUUCCCACGUGAUAUUGAAGAAUACGUGCAUCGUAUUGGACGCACAGGCAGGGCUGGCAAGACCGGUAAAUCCGUGACGUUCAUGUGCUUCAAAGACAGCAAACACGCAAAGGCGCUGAUUAAAAUACUGGAGAAGGCUGAGCAGAUUAUUCCUGCUGAGUUACACAGAUAUGUUGUGAAGCAUGAGAGAUACAUGGAGCGGCGUCGUAUGGAGGGUACUGCACGACCUCCACGAUCACGCUACAGUGAUGGCUUCUAAAUGACUGACAUUUACUUUUUUCUACAAGUAUUUUUUGAGAAUUUCAGGUUAUUUUAUCUUUACAAAGAAUCUUGUUUAUUUUUUAUUACUUUUGUAUAAAUAAAUGCGCGUUUUAAUGAUA